UUAAGGCGAAUUAACAGAUGUUGACAAUGACUUUGCAGGGCAUGACACUGGGAGAUAAAGCUAAAAGAUAAAUGGUACAGAAUCUAAGGUUAGGCUGCAGAAGGUGAAACCUUUUGUGAGCUGCAAAGUCUGUUUUUCUUCUGUCCCUGCAAUCACAAUGUUAUCAGGCAGAGGUCAAUGGCUGAAUCCCUGAAUGGACAGUGCACUAACAAACCCAGUUUGUUGCUCUGAUUGUAUCUCAUACGACCCAUACACAGUAUAUAAGAUAAGGGUGAAGCCUUUCAGCUCUGAACGUAUUUGAUUUUUCAGUAUUUACAUCUUAAAGUCAAGGUUUUUUUAACGUUUGUUGACGUUAAAAAACGUAUGUUUGACACCCCUGCUUAAGACAGUUUGCAUGGAGACACUCCAGGAGAGUGUUCAGGUUGGCUGUGUCCGUUCCUUGUUCACAGUCUACUGUUGUUAAUGAUAAAGCCACAGUGUAAAAACCGUUUCCAGUCACGGGUUAAUAAAUCCACUCUGUAUAUUCCCCGACUUCAAGUCAUUUGUGUAAUGUUUAUAUAUUCAUGGCUGGAGGAGGAGUUUAUUUAAAGCAGCCACAGCAGCAGCUCUGUCAACACGUCGACCUCUUUUUCAUGAAUUAUUCCUUAUUGCAGUUCACUCACUCCCACGGCCACGGAGAGUCCGACCCGGGGACGAGCCUACGCGGUCGGGAGCGCGCAGCAAGUCCUGUCUCAUCCGUCUCUUCCUUCGCCGUAGUCGAGGAACUAAUGGAAGCCAAAUUUGACUGUUAAUUUCCAGAUGUUUUUUUUUUUUAAAUACCGCUUGUGCUAACGCUUUUUCUGCGCGGAGAACAACAAGCGAACAUUUAAACCCAACUCGUCGACUAUUUCUUCAAUUCCCGUCAAUCUUUUAAAAGACGAGAGGGGGUAGAACAUCUGUGCUAAUGAUGUGACGGUCCAGGGCUCGUCCUUCGUCGUCCUCACCAGGUCGUUCUUUUUAACUUGAUGCUGCUGCUGCCGCUGCUCUUCGGCGUGGAACAGCGUGGGAACAACCCCAACUGAUGUGACUCAACCAGCAACCACAUGAGCUGCUGUGAGAGCUUCACCGCCCUGUGAAAGGUUUACCAAGGAACUGGCUUCACUUUCCCCGUCUGACAUCCCACUGAUCCACAUCACUGCCGCAAUCUGCUCCGCACUGUGCCUGAUCCAUGGAUAGUGCACGCCCUCCCAGAUAGGAUGCCUGCCUUGCCCAACACCCUGCAUCCCCUCCUGCCCAUCAUCACCACCACCACCUCCUUCUUUUCCUCCUCUUCCCCACUUUUACCCCCUGUUUUUGUCAACAGUUAUUUGAGGGUCCACACUGCCCCUCUCCAACAUGGUGGAUGAGGUAACCAUCAUGAAGGAUGACGUCAUCACCGCCAACACGCUGGCUUGGCUGGUCUGCUCAGGGGUCUCCAUCCUGGCCAACACUUGGAGCAUCCUCAGCGUCAGUGCCAAGCAGAAGAAGUGGAAGCCGCUGGAAUUUCUCAUAUGCACACUGGCAGGGACGCACAUCCUCAACAUGGCCAUCCCCAUUACUAUGUACUGUGUCAUAACGCUGCGCCACCAUCACUCCAACUACGAGUGGAACGAGGGUCUGUGUAAGGUGUUUGUCUCCACGUUCUACACUCUGACCUUGGUCACCUGCUUCUCCGUCACCUCUCUCUCUUAUCACCGCAUGUGGAUGGUUCGCUGGCCUGUCAACUACAGGCUGAGUAACACCAAGAAACAGGCAGUGCACACAGUAAUGGGCAUCUGGAUGGUCUCCUUCAUCCUGUCCACCCUCCCAGCAGUGGGCUGGCACGACACCAUCGACCGCUUCUACACGCCCGACUGCAGAUUUAUUGUCACAGAGAUCGGCCUGGGCUUUGGCGUUUGCUUCUUGCUCCUGAUAGGGGGCAGUGUGGCCAUGGGUGUGAUCUGCAUCGGAAUCGCUCUUUUCCAAACCUUCUCCAUUCAGGCAGGGCACAAUGCAGACAAGAACAAAUUCAACGUCCCCACCAUAGUGGUGGAAGAUGCCCAGGGGAAGCGCCGGUCGUCCAUUGAUGGUUCAGAGCCUUUGAAGACAUCUCUGCAGAUCACAUACCUGAUCAGUGGUAUUGUCUUCAUCUACGACUUCCUGACUGGCUUCCCCAUACUGGUGGUGAGCUUUGCCAGCCUGAAGUUUGACCGCUCCUACAACUGGAUGGUGCUGUGUGUGCUCUGGUGCUCCAUCGCUCAGUCCAUCCUGCUGCCCAUGUUCCUCUGGGCAUGUGAUCGAUACAGGGCCGACAUCCGCAUGGUGUGGGAGAAGUGCGUCGCCAUCAUGUCCAACGACGAGGUGGAUGAGGAAAACAGCCAAGAUGGAGGAAUUCAUGCCGACUUAAUAUAUGACAGACCAUAUGACUAUAGCUCACCGCCUGAAAUCGUGACGCUAGACCGUAAUGCCAAGUAUGAGUUCUCAACCUUAGAAAGGGGGGUUCUGCAAGGGUAUCCAGUGAGGGAACUACAGGAAGAUAAAAUGCAGUAUUUGCAGGUGCCCCCUACAAGAAGAUACUCCCACGACGAAACCGACAUGUGGACCAGCGACCGGAUCCCCUCCUAUCUUCAGCGCUGGGGCUCCAUCGAGGACAUGAUAGUGAGCGCUCACUUCAGCUCCACCUUGCCGCGCCACGAGAGGCGCAGGAACAGCCUGGUCUCCUACCACGAGGAGAACCUCCAUCACUAUCAUCCACAUCGCAAGCGGCGACGAUCUGAGGAUAACACGCCCUCCCUCAAACACCUGCCACGCGUGGUCUGUGGCGGGGACCGCUAUGAGGAGGAACUGUGCUGUUUCAGCCGCGAUGAAGUGAUCAAUUUUAUAGACGAGACUCCUCUCCCAAGCCCAAUGAGGAGCCCACGGCGGACAUCCACCAUUUCCCUUAUCCCCAAUGUGUACGAUCAGCACACUGUCAUCCUCCCUCACUUCCCACUCACAGACUUUGAGCGUGAGCCUCAGGCCCUGAGGAGACUGUCAGAGCAUAAGAGGAGCAGCAGUCGGGGCAACUCUCCUGAGACCUCCCCCAAACCAGAGAGACCCGGUGGAAAGACGAGCCCCAGGGCUUGUGGCUCUGGCAGAGUUCACCAGGAGCGUCUGAGGGAUGGGAGGGAGCAGAGUGAAGGGGGUUCACCUGGACGCAGCCACCAGACUCCAGGACACUCCAUGUGUCGGCCCAGGACAGGAAGUGGAGCGGUGGCCGGUUCCAGAUCUGACUGGGGGCAUCAGAAAAAACUGAGCAAAGCAGAGAGUAAAGGAAGCACAAACAGUUUUGUAAGCACUCCCUCGGCAUCGUCCUCGGGAUACAUCACUUUUCAGUCGGAUUCUGCUGGAUCCAACACAUGAGAGCACAACUUUGACUCACUAUCUUCAUGAAAUCCACCGGAAGUGAAGUGGAAAAUGAAAUCCUUCUGGCUGCUUGACUCAGCCUUAUUAUGGGUUAUUACUGAAACAUAGCGCCACCUGUAUUGGCCUCAGGAGUUUUGGCCAUAUUUUCUGAGUAUGUAGCCUGGGGCAACAGUGGAUUGGUUACUUGUCUUCAACUUUGACAUCGGAAGAUGUCCACUGACAACCUGUUCUGUUGUUUUCAGCACUGACACAAACUCAUUAUCAAUGAUGUGAACAUUUCCAUGUCUUUGUUUUGCUGUUGUUUCUUAACAAAUGGUAAAAUUGUUGAAGAGUUGAAGGAGAUUGUUGUUUGUGUGGUGCUUUUUGUUUUCUUCACAUUUGGGGCCUGAAGUUGUUUUCUUUUUAAGUUUUGCUGCAUGGAAAGAUUUUUGUUUCAUUUCAUUGAAGGUUGGACUUUUCUUUUUCAUUGAAUUUGUUAUUAUUAUUUAACAUUUUUUUAUGAAGCUCCCUUUACAAAUUCUUAACAAACAUGAACGGGAAUUCAGUUCUGGAAAAGAUUUAUGUACAAAUAUGUUAUACAUGAGAUGGUGUUGGUGUUCUCUCCUGCUUUUUUUUAUUAUUAUUACCUUGCAUAUUUUACCAACGACAACCCAAGUGUAACUUUGCAAACCAACACUCACAGCAGUCUAAUACCAGAUUUUUUCACAAAUAAAGUGAAAACAACAGCUUGAAAAUUAUGCUCUUUCCUCGACAACAGAGCUUUUAUGGCAGUUUCACAAAUUUGUUUAAUAGAAGGUCUGACUGACCACAGUCAGUGGUUUUUGGAUGACAUAAAAGAAGGAAUUAAAAGAAAAGUUUUACAAGCUGAUAGCAUAUUAGUUUGCAGACAGCAGCACCGGUGACAUAACAGGAGUCUGGGAAUUUUAUUUGUAGUGACCGUAGUGAGAAGAAUUACUUGGAGAAAAUGAUAAAAAGACAGGGAUGUGAAUAAGAUUUCACUAACAUCCCAGGGUAGAAGUUGCCUCGAUGCAGCUUUAAGGAUGGCAUCAAACUGUAAACCACCAUCAUUUUAAAAGAAAAUUAAAGUCUAACUUGUAGCUCCCUCUGCAUCACCAUGUGCCACAAUUACAUAUCUAAAAAACAAUUUAAAUCAUGAAAGUGAAGGAAGUCACAGCAAAUUUAUCUUAUCUUAAAAACUUCCUUCAAAAGCUUUAACACCAAAAGAUUAUUUUACCAUCAAAUCUCCUCACAGAACUUCAUGAGCAGUUCGUCUCCUGCAAAGUGAGACCUUAUAUCGGCCCCAGUUCUUCAAAACUGAGUCUACACCCUCUCAGUCACCCAGGCCUGGUCAGAGGAACAGUUUAAAUCAUUUUCUUCAAGUGAAUUUUUCUUGGAAUCAUAAUGUCACAUUUUCCUGUCAAGCUUUGCUCUCAUAGAUUUGUUUGAGUUUACAGACUAAAAAUAUCAAUUUGUAACAUAUUCAACGAUUUACGGCUUGAAUAUGAAUGAUGUUAAAUGUUCUGAUUUUCUUGUGCUGAUGAUGACUUUGUUAAAAAAUAAAUAAAUUCACAUGACUCA